AUGUCUCAUAGAUUGGCUAUAUCGACCGUGUCCAUGGGCUGGCACCAGACACAUACUCUCGAAAGCAAGAUCACGGCAGCUAAAGCCGCCGGGUUUGAAGGCAUCGAAUUGUUCAUAACCGACUUCAAUGCUUUUAGGGAUCGAUUGGGAAAAUCCAGCCUCGCUGCGGCCAAAGAAAUCCGCGCUCUCUGUGCCAAAGCUGGUCUAGAAAUUCUAUGCUUUGGCUCUUUCGACAACUUCGAGGGUGAUCCUACUACACCUUUGGAGAAUCGACUUGAGAAAGCUUCUGAAUGGCUCGACCUCGUGCACGAACUUGGUACGAACGUCAUUCAAGUCCCUAGCAAUGACGACAGAAGAGCGAUGUGUGACGAAAGGCUGAUCGUCGACGAACUGCGAGCACUCGCGGAUCUGGGCUUGCAACGCCAGCCGCCGAAGGUGGACCGUCCCAACUUUGGUCUAUGUCUCGACACGUACCACGUCCUUGCCCGACUGUGGGCGGACCCUACAGAUUCUUCUGGCCUACGACCCGGUGGGACUGCCGCGUUACGAGAUUCGAUCCAAAGGUUUUUGGAUGUUUGCCCGAGGGACAAGAUCGUCUACGUCCAAUUGAGUGACGCAGAACGGAUGUCUCCUCCCAUCUGGCCCGGACAUCCGGCCUACCACGAAGACAAGUACGGGGUGCACUCAUGGUGUACGUACGGUAGGCUUUUCCCUCAGGAAGAUGAACAAGGAGCCUAUCUGCCCAUGGAGGACAUCACGCAUGCGUGGCUCGUUCGGAAGGGAUGGAAAGGAUGGGUCAGUUUAGAGGUAUUCCAUCGAGACAUGAAAAUGGAGGAAAGGGACCCCGAAUAUUGGGCCCGGCGAGGGAAAGCUUCGUGGGAGAGUCUGAAGACGUCGCUGGGGAUCUGAGGGCCCUCGGUAUUGGUGUUUUCUCGUCAUUCCAUAUUGAAUGGAUCUUCAUGACUCACAAUGCUAGUACAGAUAACUACAGAAAGACUAUAUAGAGAUUCUAUAGAAAGAGUUUGUGAUGGAGAG